AAAAUACCGCUAAAUGCAAGAAACCGCUAUUGCGGGCACGGUUGUUUAUUCAAGCAUUGUGCAUUUGUUUUUGUUAAACCCCGGGCAAUAUUUCCACGUAAACCGCCAACUUCAGUGAAUAAAAUGGCGGACGGCGAUAAUUUGACUGCUGCCGAGCAAGUUGCACAUGAUGCUGCUGCAAAAUCGAAGCAAAGGAGGAAGAGAAGACCGUCUGCGAUCGGGCCGGUGGCCAAGCCCAAGUUCAAGGAGAUGGUGGAGGAGGCCAUUAGUGUAACCCAAGACAGCGGCGGGUCCUCGCUGCAGGCGAUCAAGAAGUACCUAGCGGCCAACUACGGACUCGACAGCCACAAUGCAUACAUUCGCAACGCCAUCAAGAAGGGGGUCACCCGAGGGGAACUAAUCCAGGUGAAGGGGUCCGGGGCCAGUGGGUCCUUCAAGCUGAGCUCGGCGUCCGCGGCCAAACCGGCCAAGAAGACCAGUCGGCAGAAGGACUCGGACAAGGUCCGGCAGGAGAAGGACGCCAAGUCAGCUCGUGAGGCGCAGAGGAUCGCCCGAAACGCCACGAAGGCUCGGAAAGAGCGGAAGGCCAAGCGCGGGACCCAGGAAAAACAGAAGAAGCUGAAAUCCAAGCCGUCCAAGGGGACGAGGAAAAUCAAGACUCACAAGAAAGUGGAGAAGAAAAAGAAGACAGCCAAGAAGACGCCCAAGGCCAAGAAAGGGUCGAUAAAGUGACUUGGGCCUAAAGGAGAUCACAGUGAUCGGAAAAUUUUUGCAUGGCUCAUGAACAGCCUGAAAUUGUAGACUCAUCUGACCGUGGAGGAAGGAAACAUCCAAAGAAGUUUUCUUUCGAUGACAUCGACAGUACAAUGCAUCAUAUAUCAAUCCUGGACAGAACACAUAUUUCUGUCUGUUACGGGCAGUCUAGUAGAGAUUGUACAGAAAACAUCGUUUCAUGUACUUGAGAAAACUUUCAUAGAAAUUUUGUCACUUGGAAAAUAUAUGCAUGUUUUUAUGGCCUUUUAGCCAGUCAGUGUUGUAAAAUUAUGUGCAGAGUUGAUACGAAAAUUGCUGCUGUCUGACAACUUGUCAGGAUGUGCAUGUAUGAUUAGGGUCAAGGUAACAAUGUGCUGUCAUCUUGUCGGUUCAAUAACUCAUAUUUUCCCCCCACCUCAAACCCAGAUCCACUUUUUGACUACUGUUCAUUUCUGUCGAUGACAAUGCAACCACACAGGCACGACUGCUGUUUCAUUUAUACAGCUUCACCUUUUUUUUAAUGUGCAGCUCAUGCAGGUCAUGUAUAUUAUGAAAAUGUAUUCAGUUCGAGUUCUUACUGUAUACGUUCUAGUUGAUGUAUGCGUGCGCCGCUUCACAUAUUAUUAGCACUAAGAGCUGAAUAAAACAAUGAAUACUUGCCAACAUGGACUGGUAGACGUGCACGCCCAAAGGAAAUUUGUACAGGGUAGGGGAAAUGCUACACAUGAGUAUGUAGUACUUAAAGCCCUGUCACACUGCAGCCACUCGGCCUGGGUUGAACUUGACUCGAGAAGGCCCAAUGGCCAAUUUGGGUUCGGUUUUAUUCCACGUGUGGAAUGUGUUUUGCCGCUAUCUAGAAAACAUGUUGUAACCUGCUUUUGUAAGCACGUCGGCCACUCUUGGCAAAUACUUUUCAAAGCUUUCCAGCUUUUUUUUUUUUUUCACUUUUCUGAUCAUGAAAAUGACAUGUACAGCACUCAAGUACAUGUACAUAUGCCAAAAUAAAAGACGAGUUCAACUUGGGGCAAAAUCAAUCUCAGGGGUGAAUCUAGCUUGGCCUCCAGUUUAAAAAC